AUCUUCAACAGAACAAUUCGAAACAUCAGCACCUGUACCAGCAGAGCCAGCAAAUGCACCAGCAACACUGCAAGCCACCAGGCGAUCGAGUGGCCACCACACCGAAUGACCACAACAACAUCCACACCUUCCUUCAUCACUACCAACGCAACUCCAAUCCCCUCGCUUUCAAUGCACAACUCGGCAGCCGACAACCACAGGCAGCGUCCCUCAACUACGAACGAAUCAACUUCGCCUCUCCUUCCAACGUCGACCUCCUCCUCACCACUCCCACACCCCCACCCCCACCCCCACCCCCACACCCACCGAACGACCCUCAGUGCAACAUCACUGACCUCCUCUCCUUACAACAUUCGGAUUUCUACAAGAUGCCGCAAUGCUGCCAGCAACAGUACCACUUCAACCGACAACAACUUAGUUUUAAACAACAACAACAACAACAACAAUCGCAACAACCGCAACAACCACAACAGUUUGUAGACAUAUCGCCCGAUAAUCGAAUUACAUGCACCGAUAUGGACAUAAACACUUUGCCACGCUUGGCUUCUCAUGAAUUCGUUUUCAACAAAUUCAAAAUGACGCCGUCAUGUUCCAGUAAGAAGGAGCGCAACAAUUUUAAAAAUGUCUCCAAAAAUAACAUCCACAAAAACUCACAGAGCAGCAGUAGCAACGGCAUCCUUCCUUGCAUGAAUCACGAUGAUAGGUGCAAAACUGUUGACAGCAAUGUUUGUAAGGAUGAGUUUGGUGGCCAGCCCGUGGCAGAUCCAAUAUUCACGGUCACUCAAAUCACCAAUGAAGCAGUUCAUUGAUCGACAAUUAAACAGAAGCCAAGAGUGCUGACUUCAAAAUUAACUUCUUUUUUUUUUAAAUUAUUGUCACAGUGUUUUGUCCUCACGUGUUCGUUACCUUGCAGUUUUUUAUGCCAUGUCGAACUCCGAUGAACAAUUCAGUUGUAAUGUUUCAAAUUUGUUACAGAAUAUUAAAUUUGAAUUGAACUCAAUAGCUCUUCAAAAUGAGAAUCAUUUUAAUGUACAGCUUCUGAGAAAAAUUUCAACAAAAUUCUUGUAAUUAAUCAUCACAGUUUGAAUGUUUCAGUUAAUUUUAUGAAACCUAAGGCAUUCAACUUUUUAUCAAAUAAAUUAUUUUAGCAACUCUAAACAAUGAUACUGAUGAUAUUUGAAUAAUGAUAAAUGAUUUUUAUAGAAACAAAUUUAUUUUAUUAUGUAUUCAAUUUUUUGGCAAAUAAUGCGAAUGAUUUUUUCUAAUAAAAAAAAUUUUUGUUUAAGGUUAGAGUGAUUGGAUUGGAG